UGUUAGUUAGUCGUUCACCUCAAAAUAUAAAUGUAUACAUAAAUAGAAAUAGCCUGUUGUUUUGAGUUGCAUUAUUUAGUUAAGAAGACCAAGCGUAAGAUUAGCCUUCAUUGAGCUGGAAUACAAUUUAGUGAUGUCGUUUAAAGAGCUGAUGAAGGUUUUAGGGCUGGGAGCCGUAACUUUUGUUUUGGGGGUGGAGUGGCUAAGCUGGCUGAUGCGGCGCCUGAGGGGCCCUGGAGGGCCCCUGAAAGAAGUUCUGUUCUUCCCUGCACCUCAAGUCUGCGUUGAGCACCUCUUCAUACGCCAUAAACAUUUCCCCUGCGCCUGUCCCCUUCCCCAUGGGGUUGAGACGUCCUUCUCCAGGCUCCUCGAGCAUCUCCUCUCUGCACGCAUGUCUCUGGACCUGUGUGUGUUCUCCUUCUCUCACGCGGAGCUGAGCCGGGCGAUUCUCUUGCAGCACAAACGCGGAGUCGUGGUGCGAGUGGUUACAGACAGAGACUACAUGACCAUCACUGGAUCUCAGAUCGGGGCCCUCCGUAAGGCAGGCGUCUGUGUGAGGCACGAGAUGAGCUCGGCUGUUCAUAUGCACCAUAAGUUUGCAUUGGUGGACGGCAGGAAGCUGAUCACUGGCUCCCUCAACUGGACCCUAACCGCAGUCCAGAGCAACAACGAAAACGUCAUGGUUACGGAGGAGCCGGAGCUCGUGGGGCCCUAUCGGCAGGAGUUCCUGAAGCUGUGGGAGGCCAACGAUCCAGCCAAUCACAAACCUCGGUGCACCAAUGGGCAGCUAAAUAUAAAGACUUGUAAGGACAGAUAGGGCUUUACGUUUGCUUUUUCCCCCUUGCAGUUUACAAAGUUAUACACAGAGUUUAUUUUAUGUCAAGAAUUUUUACUCUUAAUGACAAUUUUCCAGUUUUUAUGCAAAAAUGUUGUCAUUGAAACGUUUAAUUUAUCUUAACUUAGUUCAGUUAACGUAACUUUUUUUUUUUUUUUUAAACGUGCCCUAGUUUAAGUAAAAGCUAGUUCAGAUAAACCCAUCUUCUAAAAUAAUGCACGUCUCUGAUUGUAAAAGCCUUGUGCGUAAAGCAAGCUGAAACCUGUGUGUGUUCGCUUCAUCGCCGUGCCUUUGAUUGCUCAAUUCCUGAUGCACUCGCAUUCGUGUUCCUCUUUCGUGACUGAGAGAUUUUAGAUAAACUUGUUUCUGUAUAUGCACCUGAAUAUUACACUUUUAAAAAAAGAUAAAGGACAGAUUUAAAAACGGUAACUGUUACUGUUUCCUGAAUUUAAUGUUGGGGUUUCGUUUUGAAUAAAGUUCAAAUGGUGCAUUUAA